UAAUUAAUUAAUAUUACAAAGUUGUUAUGGUAUGGUUAGCGUAACGUCCCUCUAAAGUUUCUAAACCCCGAACCCCACCCCUUGUGUGAAUUUACCAAAAACCCCUCCGUUUCCCCCAAAUUCUCACCCCACCACCACAAACCAUCACUCUUUCUCUCUCUACACACACACACGCUUAGAACUGAGUCUCUCUCUCUCUAAAUUCUCGCCGGAAAAUCACAACUCUUCCCUUGAAAAUUUCUAUAUCUAGUACAGCUGCGGUGGUGUACAGCAGAGCCCAGGAGCGGAAGAAACGAAAAUCUCGGCAAAAAAUGUCGAAUCUUUCGAACACCCAUUUCGAUUUUUUGAGCUGCAGCGGAGUUUCCUGAUCUUUUGUCGCGGGUUUCAGAUGCUGCCGCCGAGAGGGCUUCUGGGUAAGUCUGUUUCUUCCUCGGAAUUCAAAAUGUGAGCGGCGAAUUUCUCCCCCCCCGCAUGUGUUAGUGUGUUUAGUGUGUGUGUGCGUGUUUUCUCCUUCUUCAAUUGUGAUGAUGGUGGCCGCUGUUUCUCUCCCCGGAGCAGCAGCUUCAACAACAACAACAGCCGACCCACAAACCCCCAAAAUCACCACCGCCGAAAACGACCAUGUCGGAAGACCGCCAUUGUUGCCUUCCGAAAAGGACAACAACAACAACAAAAUUUCAGACACGAAGAAAAAACCCAAAUCGAGAAUCGUGUCUUCCAGAUACAUGUCACCUUCAACCUCCACCUCCACCUCAAAUUCAUCCACGAUUUCCUCCUCCUCCUCAUCCUUUUCUUCUAGAAGGUUCCCCUCCCCUUUAGUUUCUAGAAACUCAACCCCUCUCUCCAAUGCACCUUCUCCAGCCCCACCCAAGAGGUCCAUCUCCGCCGACCGAAGGCGGCCCUCCGCCGCUAGGCCAUUGACACCCGAUCUGGAAGUUUCCGCCGCCACGAAACUACUCGUGACCUCCACCAGGAGCCUAUCGGUUUCCUUUCAAGGAGAAGCGUUUUCGUUGCCUAUUAGCAAGACCAAAGUUGCCCCUUCUUCCCCUAAUUUAACUAGUACUAGGAAAGCAACCCCGGAGAGGCGGAGAACCAGUACCACUCCACUGCGAGGCGGCGGAGAUCAGGCGGCAGAACAUUCCAAGCUCUCCGAUCAGCACCGAUGGCCAGCAAGAAACCGUUCGACAAAUCCCUUAUCAAUGAGCAUGGAUUUCAGCACCGUUAAUGGGGAGAGGAGUAAGCUAAUUAGUUCCAUGAGUGGGGUUAGAGCGUUACAACAAUCGAUAAUGAUCGACGAGAGACGGCCUUCACUCGAUGGCAGAUCGAGUCUUGAUUUGGGCUGCGGCAACUCCCAACGAGCCAGCGAUGGCAGUUCGGUAAAUAACGAGGCGUCCGAUUCGGACAGUGUCUCGUCCGGCAGCACAUCGGGGGUUCAAGAAUGCAGCGGGGUUUCGAACGGAUCCCGCAGAGGAAUCGUGGGGUCGGCUCGGUUUUGGCAAGAAACAAAUAGUCGGAUGAGGAGGCUUCAAGAUCCGGGCUCGCCUUUGUCUACCAGCCCUGGUUCGAAACUAAUGUUGCCUUCGAAAUCGAAACGGUAUACGAGUAAUAGUAAUGGUUUGUCGUCUUCUCCUAUUAGACCUUUGUCGCCUAGCAAGGCUAUGACGGCUAUGGGGUCUUGUUCGUCUUCUCCUUUGAGGGGGCAUAGUCCUUCUCGGAUCAGAAACGCGGCGGUUAGUACGAUUAAUAAUAAUUUUAACGACACUCCGUCGGUGCUUAGUUAUGCGGUGGAUGUUCGGAGAGGGAAAGUUGGGGAGAACAAGAUUAUCGACGCCCACUUGUUGAGGCUUUUGUACAAUCGGAACCUGCAGUGGCGGUUUGUGAAUGCUAGAACUGAAGCUGUCUUGCUCGUGCAGAAACGUAGCGCAGAGAAAAACCUGUGGAAUGCGUGGAUAACAAUCUCCGAUUUACGCGACGCUGUCACUAAAAAAAGACACAGAUUGCAGUUGCUUAGGCAAAAGUUGAAACUAUCUUCCAUUCUCAAACGACAAAUGAACUUUCUUGAAGAUUGGGCUUCUUUCGAUAAAGACCACUCGGUUUCUUUGCUUGGAGCUACUGAAUCUUUACGAGCUAGCACUCUUCGUCUUCCCGUUAUUGGAGGAGCAAUCGCUGAGGUCCUAAGCUUGCAGGAUGCUAUCGUUUCAGCAGUCGACAUUAUGCAAGCAAUGACAUCAUCUAUAUAUUUGCUCCUCCCAACGGUUGAAGAAGUAAAUUCAUUAGUAAGCGAACUUGCAAAAGUCACCACAAAAGAACGAGCUUUUCUCGAACAAUGCACCGCCCUUAUUUCCUUGUUAGCAGCCAUGCAGGUAAAGGACAGUAGUCUGAGAACACAUAUACUACAACAUAACCGAGUAUGAACGACGAAAAAAGCAUGACAGAAGACUUUGUAGUAGAAACUGAUGUAUUUGACGGGGUCCGUCCACUCUCUACAUGCUAACACCUAAAAAAAAGAAACUCGACUUUUUAGACCUAGUCGAGGCAGGCACCCAUCGGAGGUUUAUAAUAACCAAUUACCUAACGACACGUGGCGUUUGUUUAUUUACCCGGAAGUAGAAAAAAAUCAACAUUAUGGUGCUUCGCCUUACUAACUAAGCUUGUACACGUGGACUUGUUGUUUUCCUGUUUUCCGAUUUUCUUCGACUCGUUUUUUUUUUCCCACUUUCCGGGGAGAGAAUGGAAGACGGAAAUGUAUAUAUAUUGUAGUAGUGUUCUAACCUUUUAAUUUGUCAUCAAUCAAUUCUUCUUUGUCUUAA